AAAACCGCCAAAAUGGAGUUCGAAUGGGGCGGCGGCAGCAGUCCGUUCGACGACGUCGACAAGCAGCAGCACAAUGGCCAUGACGACGACGCUUCGCUACUUGCCAACCACACACAUGCUUACGACGAUUCAGACGAUGAUGCGUGGGAAGAUGUCAGUAACAACGGCAAGAGUGUGCAUCCCAACGACGACACUGGCGUCUUCUCCGACGACAGCGAUCACGUUCACGAGACUUCGAGUGACUUGCAAGUGGAAAAGCUUCCAGAGGACUGGGAUGCAUUGAACGCUGCAUUGAACGCCCAGGUGGCGGCUGAAGGAGACGGGAACAAGACCAAGUCGAAAGUGAAGCGGCUGACCAAGACGGAAAAGAGCGAGUUGAUGGUCCAGCGGCAAGCGCAUCUCGUGUGUCUUCUAGCUCGUGAGGUACAGGUGAAUGCCGCGAUUAACGACGUGACCCUUCAAAGUCUCGUGCGAUCGAUCGUCCCCGCCCACGUCGACGUGAAUGUGGCGGCUUCCAAUCAAGCGCGCCAUGGCGUAGUGUAUGUGGUGCAGACACUCAUGCGGUGGUUUCGACUCACCUUCCGACGACUGCCAUAUACCGAUAUCGGCGACGAAGGCGUCGACUUUGACGUCACUGCGGCGUCCCUUCUCCGAGUGUUCUUCAAUCGGGGCGGCUACGAACACGAGAUGGUGCCGCUCUUCACAGCGCUCUGUAGAUCUUAUGGCAUUCCGACGCGGCACACGAGUUGCCUGGAUACACCGCAUGUCGUGAAGCGAAAUGCGCCAUUUGACCCGCAUUUUGGGAUUCCCAUCGACGGUCUCGCCGCAUGCACCGACGAGAACGGCAACGAAGGCGAAGCCACGAGGAAGUUGACGGACCGACGCAGCCUUCGCUCGUGGUGCGAAGUGUAUUCGGAUGCGAGCGCAAUCCUUCCGCUCUCGCAUGAGAAGAAGGCGCCAAUGUCGUCGUCGUGGGUGCACGUCGACGUAAUCCGAAGCCUCGUGAACCAGCCGUUCGAAGUCGGUCGAUUGCGCGGCCGCGGCGCCGUGAUGCCGCACAUCGUCAGCAUCGACGACGAAGGGCGAAUUGUCGACGUCAGUCGACUGUAUGCGAUCGAUUGGGCUCGCACACAACCACUGCGAUGCCACGAGGCGUGGUGGGCGAGGCAGCUACGGGUCGGUUCAACGAAUGCCAAUCCAAUUGACGUUGAAGCGCCCAAUUUGCCGCUGCCGACGAGUGUCCAGGGGUUCAAAAAUCACGCGCAGUAUUGCUUGGAGCAGCACUUGGGAAUGUAUGAGUGGAUUCGACCGCGGAAGCCCGUAGGGUUGUUCAAGGGCAUGCCGGUGUUUGAACGGUCUGCGGUGCACACGCUGCAGUCGGCGCACCGAUGGCUCCGGCAGGGACGCGUGGUGGUGGCGGCGGAACAACCGUGCAAGUUGGUGGCGAAGCGGCAGCACGCGCCGCCGACCCAGACGUCCAUGUAUGCGAACCCAGUGCCGUUUUCGGUGGCCACGGCGGCCGUCCCGCCGGCUGGCGAUGAAAAAGAGGCGGAGCAGCUCCCCUUGUUUGGCCUUUGGCAGACAGAAAAGUUUGCUGCGGCACCGGUGGUCGAUGGAAUCGUGCCCAAGAACGAACACGGGAACAUUGAGAUCUGGAGCGAAGCGCAUCUCCCGGCAGGCAGCGUGCACAUUCGUCUUCCCCGCGCCAAAGUGGUCGCAAUGCAGCUCGGAGUCGACUUUGCGCCUGCCAUGGUCGGGUGGGAGGCCCGGAACGGCCGCAACGUGCCCGUGUUUGACGGUAUCGUAGUCUGUGAAAAUGCCGCCAGCAUGAUUGAGGACGCCCACGCGGUGCUGGAACACAGCCUUGUGGAGAAGGCCGUCGCCAAGCAUCGCAAAGAAAUCGCGAAACGAUGGGCAGUGUUUGCGAAAAAGUUGCUGCUGCGAAAGCGCCUGCGUGAAGAGUACGGGUGAUGUCGUGUUGCGGCGACGAAAUGUAUAGUCUUUCAUGAAGUCGAAGUUCUAACGUGCAGUGAAUGACAAUGCCAUAAAUGUCUCGACGACUGCUAGCAUGCGAUGUUUCCACGUGGGAAUGCAACGUGUGGCGGUUGGUGUGGCUGG